CCUUGAGUUAUGUAUAUCUUAAGCGCUCCUACAGCAGGGUUAUCAAGGAAUAGGUGACGCAAGCAAGUCCUAUCUUGCGGGUGUUGGGACCCAAAAGCCCGGUUGCUUCCUUUUUUCUUAACAUGAGCAUCUAAGAGAUUACGUAGCUACUGGGUGACCAUGGCAUUGGCUUCGCCCCGGCGACGCGUUCCUCCCGAGCCAAGGCCCGAGCAGCGAGCGGAGUCGCAUGAUGGCAUCCAACUUUCCGUCACAGAGGUUGCAUCCUUCGUCGGAUUGCGCCACUGCGGGCGCUACUUGCGUCUCGCCGCACUUUCGAAGAACCCCAGGAUUGCAGAAGCCACUCCUUCUGCUGCGGAUGACGAAGAGGCAGCAGCAGCGGCUAGCCGCGGCAAGCCUCUGGAUCCAGCCCUAGCCGCUGCUGGCCACUGCCUCGAGGACACCGUGGCUUCGGAGCUCCGUGCUUACAACCCCUUCGCACUUACACCACAAGCACUCACAACCUCACAGCCCAGAGCUCACCAACCCCCUCAGCACCAGGACACUUCUCCGUCAUCUGGGUCAUCAUCUGGGUCGGCAGCAGCAACCCCGUGGCAAGACUUCCUCUCGCUCCUCGCCAACACCCCCGCACCCCAACGCUCCUAUUCCACCUCCUCUCCUUCCCCUGCCUCCUCCUCCUCCUCCUCCGCCGCCGCCGCCUCCUCGCAUGCCCCUCACCUGGCCUGUUGGGCGGCCGAGGUGGUCCUCAACGGGCUGCCCGCCGCUGACAGCACCCUACGGCUGAGCGGCCGCGCCGACUUCCUGUUGCUGCUGUGGCGGGGCGGCAGGCCGGUGCUGCGAGUGGUGGAAUGCAAGGCCAGUCCUGAACCGCAGACGCGUCAUCUGGUGCAGCUGGUGCUGUACCGGAUGAUGUUGCUGCGGGCGCUGCAGCAGGGGCAGGCGGCGGAGGCGCAGGGGGGGCUCCGCGGCGCUCCUGGUCGUGGCGGGAUUGGAGGAGGAGGUGGGGGCAGGGUGUGUAUAGGCGGCCGGGAGUGGCGAGUGCCGGGAGUGCGGAGUUUCGGAGCGGCGGUCAGCCGGCAGAGGCACAAUCAGGAUGAGGACGAGCAGGAGGAGGAGGAGGAGGAGGAGGAGGAGGAGGGCAUGCUGCAAGUGGAGUGCGUGCUGCGGAUUGCCGGGGCGGGUGAUGCUGCAUGGGGCGGCGUGGUGACGGCGGAGGCGCUGCCGGCGGGACAGGUUAACGGCAUGGUACGCCAGCUCACAGCCAUGCUACAGCCCGGCGGCCGCAUCGCUGUAGCACUCGACGUCCGUACGACACCGCUGCAGCAAGUGCCGUACGAACUCGACAACCAUUGUACGUCAUGCAGCCGUGCAGCCGCCUGCUGGGCAGAUGCGGCGGCGCGCGGCGCCGUACAGCUCUCAGGCUGCAGUGCCGUACAGGCGGAACGACUGGCCGCAGCGGGAGUGUACGACAUUGAAGAUCUGGCGGUGCUGACUCAUCCGGAUGCUGCUUCUGGUGCCGUACAACGGCAAGUGGGUUACGACGGCGCUGGCAGGGUCGACAAGGGUGGCAAUGCAACCGCUCGCCUCGAGGGCGUGGCGAAAGCGACAGGCAUUCCUUCCCUGGAGCUCAAACGGCUGUCUCUGACGGCCAAUGUGCGUGUGGGGCGACGGUUCGGCAGCCGGUCAAGGCAGGGACCGGAACCGUAUCAACCGCAACCGCAACCGCAAGUGCCGAUGGGCCCAUCUGGGUCGCGGCCGGUCAUGCCUGCAUUCGAGCUGCUGCCCGGCGCACCGCCCAGCUGCCUGCCCGCUCACCCGGCCACCGGAGGAGGAGCGGCAGGUCUGCAGUGUCCGGCCCCGGUGCUGAUCCGGGUGUAUCUGGCCGUGACGCUUGAUGUCGUAUUGCAGCGGGUUGUUGGCGUUGCGGCGCAUGUGGCGGCGGCGGCAUCUGACGAGGGCGGCGCCGGCGGCGCGCGAGGUGGCACUCGGGUGCUACCGCCGCCGCCAAGGCAAGCAAACCAGUGCGGCUGGGAUGUGGCGGUGUUGCUUCGCGAUGUGGUUCUGAAUGGUGGGGGUGGCGGUGGCGGUGGCGCGUAUCUCGUUGCCAACUCGAACGAUGAGUUGGAUCGGCUAGAGGCCCGCUUGCUGGCCGACUUUUCGAACCAGCUCUGCAAGGCGUUGGAUGAUGCAGCCAAGGCCGCAACUGCCGCAACGGCGGCAGCACGACAAGCAAGCGGUCGUGGACUCCAGCAGGCCCAGCCACUACUGCACUUUUACGUGCACUCCCGUGCCGAGCUGCGAGCCCUCGUCCGUCGCUGCCAGGCUCUGGACGGGCUGACGGCGUCUGGCCCACCAUCAGGAAGGAGCGGUAGGGGCAGUGGUAGCGGCAGCGCACGCACCUCCGUCCCCGUUACUGACGACGACGGCUGCACCGACCAAGGCGGCUGCUUAGCCUGGUUGCCGCACCUGCUAGGGUUGCGUGCGGGGUGCCCCGGGGAGCAGCAGAUCGUGAGCGUAUUGGAGGAGGAGCUCAGGCGUUACGCCCGGGUGUGGCAGGGCGAGGGGCGCCUGGCCGCGACGUGCAUUCCCUGGGGCGGAGACGGCGUGGUAUACGAAUGGCGCGGUACGGCUAGCGGCUGUGGCGGCGGCGGCAGUGCUGGGUCGCCGGACCUGCGUGCUGUGUUUGGCGCCGUGGGGUACCUGGAUGCCCUGGAGCCCCUUGAGCGGGGCCGCCACCGGAGCCUGACAGCCGCAGCAGAGGGGGAAGGGGAUGGGGAUGCCGUGCAGCAGCCAGGGGGGAUGCUGAGCUUGCCUAGCCGGUAUCCGCCCCAGGCCCAGCCCCAGCCUCAGCCGGGGGCUAGAGCGCAUGCAGCAGUUGGGCCGCAAGCCGUGCCGCACCCGGCGCCCGUGCAGCCGACACCGCAGCUGGUACAGGUGCGCCCGGAUUCGGCUGGUAGCUUCAUUCCUCCGGGCGUUUUCCGAGCGCUGUGGAGUGGUGGAUUGCAACCCCAGCACCAACAGCAACAGCAGGGACAAGCGCACGUCAAAGGGCAGCAACAGCAGCAGGAGGAGGACCUGCGGUCCGCGGCGACCCGCCUGCCGUCGCUGCUGCUGGCACAGGCCCACUCAGUCCGCUGGCUGGAGGAGCGGCUGGUACGGCUGCCGUACGGCGGUAACGCAGGCAUCACCACUGGCAAAUUCCCGCUGCCAGUGCCCCUGGGACCCGCGCUCGAGUCCUUCCGCCUGCACCCCGACACGUCAGCAGCGGCAGCAGCAGCAACAGCAGGCAGCGGCGGCAGCGGCGGCGGGUACCUCAUAUCGGCGCCCCAGGGGCCUCAUGUGCAGCGUGCAACCGAGGUGGCACGUGCCGGCCUGGACGCCGUACGGCUAGAUCGCAGCGAGGAGGUACGGCAGUUCUGGAGUGGCUUAGCCAGCCAGCCGCCAGCAGUAAGGGCAACGGAGGGCCGUAUUGGCACGGUGGUUCUGGAACACGUGGGCUGGGUGCUUCGUGGGGAUUGGCGGAGGCUGAAGGGCAAGGUGGCCUAUCCAGAAGGUUGCAAGACCUGGGAGGACGUCAAAGAGGCUACAGGGCUGGGAGUCAGCGACACCGUGCUGGCUAGCGUUGCCAGCGACCCAUGGGUCGUCCAGGAAGCGGAGGGCGUUGCGGGGCAAUGCAUCCUAGCCGUGAUUGAGUCGUCCGGUGCUGACGAUGACGGUGUGUGGGUGGAGUGCAAGCCAGACUUUAUUCCGUAUCCGUCCAACGACGUCGAGCUGUUUGUCACGGGUUCUCCGGGUCUCUCGUUUCAACGCUUUACAUCGCAGUUCCCGCAGCAUUCCCCGCAUGUUGGCCAGCAGCAAGCAAGCGCUGCGGUAGGCGGUUCGCAGCUGCAGCCGCCGGCGCCUAGGCUGGUGGUGCUGGACGCUGCACCGAACAUCUCAGCCUGGGUUGCGAGUAGCACAGUGGAGUGCCUGCAAGGAUACGGCAGCAGCAGCACCUACCUAGCGGAACGGCUCCGACUCUCAAGCGGAGACGUAGCGCUGGGCCGGCGGCAGGUGAAUCGACACAUGCUGCCUGGUACUGCUGUCGCCACUACUGCAUCAUCAGCAUUUGCCGGCAGCUCGUUUACCGGCACCUCCACAGCAGCAGCAAUGGCACCGGCCGCCUCGGGGCUUGCAGCAAGGAUGGAACGGCCUGGUGUCGGCUUGUCAACACCGCCGGCUGCAGCCAGAAGCGGAUGUCGCCCACUGGAUUCGGGCGGCAGUACCCCCGGCCCGGGCCGUACCCCAGGCAGCGUGUUGGGAGGCCACGCACUGCUUAGCCCUCAGUCUCCGGCAUCGCAGCUGGCUCCCAUUCCCUUCACACUCCGCGCCGCAGACCCCUUCAUGGCCACCCCCAUUCACACGCCCAGUCCGAACCUGCCAAUGGUGCAAUCCACAAGCGCCGGCAUCACUGCAGCCAUGUGCAGCCUUAACCUGGGUGGCUCUGCCGCUUACGGGUACAGCACGGUAGCAGCAGGAUCAUCAGCAGCAGCUUCAGCUGCGGUUCCCUUCACUCCAGGCAGGGUUGCAGUUGGCGUCAGCGCUGCAGCCGUUGCUGUGACCACCACUGCAGCAGCACCUGCCGCCGCGGCAAACGGCAUGCAUGUGGCCAUGGACCAGGUCGUGAGGCGCAUCGCAUCGUCGGCCUCUCAGCAGCUAAACCCCGACCAGGUCGCCUGCAUGCGAGCAUUCUUAUCGUACCCAGAUCUUGGAUCUCGGGUGCUCCUGCAAGGCCCACCGGGAACCGGCAAGACGGAGACGCUUGCGCUGUCAGUGCUGGCGUGGCUAGGCGCACGCAUGCUGCACGGCGGACCCAUGGGUCACUCGGACUGCGGGGGUGUGGUGUUCCUGAGUGGACCGACGCACACGGCCAUUGAUACUCUGAUGGGUCGCAUCGCGUUGCGAGCAUCUGAGGGCGCUUUGGACGGACUGGGCGGGGCCAUGCACCGGCGGAUUUGCAUGGUUCGGUUGCUAUCCAGAGGCAAGAGCUUGGAGCAGAACUUGAAGGAUCUGGGCGUGAAAACUUCGCUAACAAAGGAUCUGGACAAGGGCGUCUGGUACGUGGUGGGCGGCACGCUGCGCCUGCUAGUGAAGGAGGCCAGGACCCUCCGCACCAAGGUCGACAAUCUGGCGACCCCGAAAGGCAGAUGCCUGUUGGAUUCCAGCGGUCAAGGCGCCCUCGCUGCCGCACUCGUGCUAGACGAAGCGUCCAUGGUCGUCACACCGCAUCUGCUGGCGCUGGGGAGCCUCCUGGUGACCCGUGGGUCACUCCUGGUGGCCGGCGACCACCGGCAGCUGGAAACCAUCAAGAAGUACGAGUUCGCUGAGGAGCUGAGGCCGAACAUCGUACGGCACCGGCCGUACGUCAGUGCGUACGAGUACAUGCAGCUGCUCGCUGCGGAUGAGGGUGCGCGGGAGCGGCUGACGCAGCAAGCGGGCAACGGGGGCGACCACGACGCAGGCGGAGCUCCCCCGCCGGUGUCCGUCUGCGCGCUGACCUACACGCACCGCCUGCCUGCGGCAGUCACCGCCCUCAUCGCCCCACUCUACUUGCAAGACGGCAUCCGGCUGCAGGGAAGGCCGCCUGCAGCCCAGCGCCAGGCAGCAAUCAGACAGAUUGCCUUCGGCGCCCAUGCGCUAAUCGCUGCUACUGCUACUGCUGCUGCCACUGCCGGUACUAACGAAUUCUUGUGGCGUCGGUUGUGGGAAGGAAGCAGCAGCAGUAGCAGCGCCGCUGGUAUCAGCAGUGCUACUGCGGGUCCUAGCUCCAGAACCAGUAGCAGCAGCGGCGGCGGCGGCGGAGAGGGGCUCUUCUUGAUUGUCCACAACGAGAGCGGCUCCGCCAAACGAAACGACCUGGAGCUGCAGCUUGUACGGCAGAUCAUGGAGGCUAGAACCAGGCCUGGGUUGGCUUUGGGUGACGAGAGCAGCGGAGGCGGGAGCAGCAGAGGCGGGAGCAGCAGAGGUGGUGGGCAGCAGUGUGCCGGCGGAAGAGGCGUUGCGAAGGCGGCAGCGGGAGCCGCUGGUGGCGGUGGCGGGGGUGAUGGUGGCCGUGGCCCGGUCGAGGUGGCCAUCAUAACGCCGCAUCGGGCACAGGAGCGGGCGCUGCGAGCACUGCUCAGGGAGCAAGGCUGGAGCGGCUGUCGUGCGGAGACGGUGGACAAGAUGCAGGGCGGCGAAGCGGACACAGUCAUCUUCUCCGCCACAGUAUCCGACGACGCCGCCCUCAGCCGUUCAGCCGACUUCUACUCCUCCCUCACCCGAGCCAACGUGGCGUUCAGCCGCGCUCGCCGGCGGCUCAUCGUACUAGCCAGUCGUACUUUUCUGUCGUACAUCCCGCAGUCGUACGGCCACUACCAGGGCCUGCAGCUAUGGUGGCAGCUGCGGCUGAUGUGCGAGGACCAGGGGGUGCUGCUGGGGGAGGUGUUUGUGCGGGGCGGGGAGGGAGGACAACAGCAGCAACAGCGGCAGCAACAACAGCUAGAACAGCAGCAGCAGCGGCAGCAGCAGCGGCAGCAACAGCGGCAGCUGGAGGAAGCGGUGUCGUAUCGUUGUGAUGUGUUCGAGGCGAGCCCUGCGACCGGCGCCUGCGGGAGCAACGCACCUCAGGAGGUCGAGGAUUCCCUGCAGGCGGCGAUGGCUGGACUGCGCACCUUGACCCUCGGUCGCACCUGAUGAGACUGCACUGGUUGGUUUGCGCACCGCGCAUGCCGUGGCCCCUUCCUGCGCUUCCGGCCUGUUUCCUGUUUGGGGUCUGGUACUGGUGCCCUGGUUGACUCCAGCUUCCUUCUUGGACAACAUGCGGGAGGAAAGCGGCGGGUUGAUGAGGAAUGUUGAGGGCGGCGUUGCGUGAGUGAGGAGCACCCGGACGUUGGCAGCGGCUGGUACGCGGCAGCAGGUUGAGGAAAAACUAGCCGCUUAUGACUUGUUCCAUUUACUUGCUCCGUUACGUGGACUCCGUUGACAGCAUGCACGUGGUCUUACCAUGCUUAGGUCUCCAUGCACGCACCGGCUUCGUCGCCCGUUGCUUUGAAGAUGAUUACCUUUUGCGAUCAACAACAUAUACUGGUAGUAGGCUGUCCCACAAGGCCUUUCCCGGCUCUUUCUCCCAUACCGAACCUUUUGUGCAAUAUUUGGAUCC